UUGUAAGUGAUGAAAAUUCCGAAUCUAUCGUGGAAAUGCGCCAUCCAUUUGUCCCAAGAAACAGAGCUCAUGGAGAUGGAGAAUUCUCAUCACCACUAAGGGAAGAGAAAAUGAUCAGAGCCAUGUAUGAAGCAUCGUAAAAAGGGUGGGCUCCGACUUUGAAGUGGCUCAUGGAAAUGGAGAAUUCUCAUCAUCAUGAAGAAGAGAAAAUGAUCAGAGUUCUUUAUGAAGCAUCGCACAAUGGGUGUGUUUCAACUUUGAGGACACUGAUCCAGCAACACCCUCUGGUUCUUCACAGAAUCAACUCCAGAACUACUUUCAUUGACACACCUUUGCACAUAUCGGCCUCACUUGGCCAUCUUGAAUUCACAAGAGUCCUUCUUGAGCACAAGCCUAAACUUUCCCUUGAGUUAGACUCGUUCCGAAGCACGGCCCUCCACAUAGCUUCGGCAGAAGGCCACAUCCACAUUGUGAAGGAGCUUUUGGCAGCUGGCGAGCAGGCCUGCUUGGUUCCUGAUCAAGAAGGCAGAAUUCCGUUGCACGUAGCUGUAAUAAGAGGCAGACUAGAAGUGGUGACAGAGCUUAUUGAGGCAAAGCCGGAGUCUUUGAAGAUCCUUCAGAAAGGCAAAACUGUUUUGCACUUGUGCGUGACGUAUAACCACUUGGAGAUCCUCAAAGCUUUGGUGGAUUCGCGUUUUGAGAUUUCUGCUGAGCUAUUGAAUCGGAGGGAUUUGGAUGGCAACACCGUUCUCCACUUGGCCGUCAUGCUGAAGCAAGUUGAGACUGUAAGGUACCUGGUGUCAAUUCCUAAAAUACAAGAGGUAUCAACGUUGAAGAAUAAGAUGGGUUUUACAGCCAGUGACAUUGUUGAUGGGGUUCCACGGGACUUGAGGAGUCUUGAAAUACAAGUCAUACUGAUGAACAACGGCUUUCAAAGUGACAAGACAGAAACAUGUAUAAUUACACAAGCAUCAACAACUAGUGAUGCUGUUGAGGAAGCAGUGAAACCUGUGAAGAAGUGUUGGACAAAGAUGAUCAAGUGCAUUGGAAGUUGGUUUGAGCAUAAUAGAGAAUGGAUAGAAGAGAUGAGAGGGAAUCUGAGUCUGGUGGCGACUGUCAUCUCAACCAUAACCUUUCAAUGUGUCAUCAACCCUCCAGGCGGCUUCAUUCAACAAGAUAUAUCUAAUUCAAACAAAGCUGCUUCACCCUCAAGUUCCCCGGGGGCGGGGAAUGGAAGUCCUGGGCAAGCCGUACUUGCUUUUGGACCUCGAAAUGACUUCCUCUUCUUCAUAAUCCCCAAUACGGUAGCUUUCGUUGCGUCUCUGGGAGUAAUCCUGUUGCUCAUAAGUGGACUUCCUCUUAAGAACAAGGUGGUGAUGUGGAUGCUAUCUAUGGGGAUGUGUAUCACUCUCUUCGCAUUGGCGCAGGCCUACUUUGCUGCCUUCUCCAUGAUAACCUCAGACGAAGUCCAGUGGUCGACUGAUAAAACUUUCGAGAGAGCGAGUUGGAUUUUGGUGGCACUGUUUGCACUGGCUGGUGGAUAUAUCCUAUUGGCCUUUCUUAUUUGGCUUGUCAAGUACUUCAUCAGGUUUAUUAAGCGUAUUGCCAUGUCGAUGUGUGGGCAUAGGCCUGUGAGGCGCCUGCCUUAAGCCUCUCAACGAGCCUCUUUGUAGUGUAUGCUAGCAAUGCCAGUGUCCCGUGCACAUUUAAGCGAUGCUAUUACAUAUUUAACUAACUUUUUUCGUAUUGAAUAUUUUUACGCAUAUCAGAUAGAUCACUCUAAUUUUUUUCUUUCUUUUAAGAUCAUAUUUCGAGAAUUUUCAGAAUAGAAAACUAUUUAUAUUUUUUAUUUGAAUUUAAGAAAUUUAAUA